AUGGAGGAGACGGCGGCCCCUGGGCGUGCUGCUUCUGGGGACUGGAGUGUGAAGCUGCAGGCUCUAAAGGCGCGGAUGAAGAAGGCAGGUGCUGCAGUUGCUGUUGCUUCUGCUGCUGCUGAAGCAACUCCUAUUGAGGGGGCCUUCGCAUCCCAGGGGGCGCCCAUCUCUGCUUCUGCUGCUGCUGCACUAACCACUUCUUCGCCUCCUCCUGCUGCUGCUUCUGCUGCUGCUGGGGGACUGGCAAGAGACGGACGCCUCAAGCCGCCUCCGCUUCAGCGGAGACAGCUGCAGCAGCAACAGCUGCCGCAGCAGCAGCAGCUGCCGCAGCAACAGCAGCUGCAGCAGCAACUCCAACUACCGCCUCAGCAGCAGCUGCAGCAGCAGCAGCAGCAGCGCGGGACCCAACCGAAAAAGAUCCCAACAACUGCACAGGGCCGGCUGCUGCAGCAGCUGCAGCAGGCCCUGCAGCAGCCACCUCCGCCUCCCUUGCAGCAGCAACAGCAACAGCAGCAGCAGCAGCAGCAACAGCAGCAGCAACAGCAGCGAACAGUUGUGCCUCGAAUGGCCUCUACACCGGUAGGUCGGGCAUCUUCUCCUCCCUUCGAUUCAGGUGCUGCUGUCGCUGCCGCUGCAGCCGUACCCCUUGCUGCUUCCGCAGCCGCUGCUGCUUCCCCCAGCUUUGCUGCUGCAGCAGCAGCAGCACCGGUGUCGCAGUCAUAUGCUGCUGCUGGCAGCAGAGACUUCGACGCUCCGAUGUCGUUUGAGGAGUUGAUGCGCAGAAAGAGGGAAAAGGAGCAGCAGCAGCAGCAGCAGCAGCAGCAGCAGCAGCAGCACAGAGAACCAGCGACUACACCCCAACGGCUCUCAGACCCUACAACCGCUGCAGCACCUCCAGCAGCAGCAGCUGCGCCAAGUUUCCCUCCAAGGCGGCAGCAGCCGCAGCAACAGCUGCAGCAGCAGCAGCAACAACAGCUGCAGCCGCUGCAGCCCCCCGUGCAGCAGCUAAAGCCACAGCCCAAGCAGCAGCAGCAGCAACCGAAGCCCUUCACAGGGAAAGCAGCAGGGCAGCAGCAACUGAACAUGCCUCCAGCAGCAGCAGCAACAGCAGCAACACCUGCUGCAGCAGUUACAAGGACCGGGCAGCCGAAACAGCCGCUGCAGCCGCAGGCGCAGCAACAGCUGCAGCAACAGCUGCAUCAACAGAUGCCUCAGCAGCAGCAGCAGCAGCGGGUCCCCUUGCAGCAGCAAAUACCACAAGAGCAACAGAGGCAGCACUCACCUGUGCAGCAGCAGUGGCGGCAGCAGCAGGUGCCGCAGCCUCCGCCUCCCCCGCUGGUGCAGCAGCAGCAGCAGCAACAGCAGCAGCAGCGGCAGCAACAGCAGCAGGCACAUCAACAGAAAGCUGCUCUGGCAACGCCUCCUGCAGGAUUCGUUGUUCAGCCUCCACCAGGGGCCCACCGCAUGCAGCAGCAGCAGCAGCAGCAGCAGCGACAGCUCCAGGUGCAGGCGCCAGUUGCUGCUGCUUCAAGCCAGCAAAUGCCCAAGGCAAAGGCGGCGGCUGUGCGAGCUGCCCCAAAAGCAGCAGCAGCAGCUGCUGCUGCUGCAGCUCCAGCAGCAGUAGCACCACGUGCAGCACCUGCUGCAGCAGCAUCUGCUGCAGUACCUGCUGCACCAAUCGCAGCAGCAGCUGCGCGUGCAACACCUGCAGCAACUGCUGCGGCUGCAGCAGCACCAGCAUUAGCAGCAGCUCCAUCAAUACCUGCUCGUGCAGCGCCUGCAUUAGCUGCAGCAGCAGUACCAGCAGCAGCAGCAACCCGCGCUGCUGCUGCAGUAGCACCGGGAGCAGCAGCAGGAGCAGCAGCAGCUGUAGCUCGAAGACCCCACGCACCGAAAGCAGCAGCAGCAGCAGCAGGAAUUGCUGCUGUUCCGGUGUCUCAUUCUGCCCCUGCUGCAGCUCCGCCGGGUCCUCCAGCAGCGGUAGCAAGGCCUCAUAUGCACCAGCAGCAGCAGCAGCCACAGCAGUUGCAGCAUCAGUUACCGCAACAGCACCUGCAGCAGCAACAGCAGCAGCAACAACAAUUGCAGCAGCAGCAAAUGCAGCCGAAGAAAGCGGCGCCUAGGAAUACAGCAGCAGCUUCGUCUGUCGCUCCUGCUGCUGUACCUGUGGCGGGCACAGCAGCAGCAGCAACAGCGCAGCAGCAGCAGCAGCAGCAGCUUGUGCGGCCAGUCCAACCGCAGCAGCUCAAGGUUCAGCAGCAGCAGCAGCAGCAGCAGCAAAGACCACCAACAACCGUCCCACCGCUGGCGAAGCAGCAACAGCAAGCGGCAAAGGCUGCACCCAGGCUUCCCCAGCAACAGCAGCAGCAGCAGCCUCAACAGCCGCCCCAGCAACAGCAGCAGCAGCAGCCACGCCCUCCUGCUGGUGCUACGCUGCAACAGCAGCAGAAGCAGCGGGCUGCUCUUCAGCAGCAGCCAAGCGCACCCUUGGCGAAAGCAC